AUGUUGCUGACAACAGUAAACUUUGCCAAGAGCAAGUCAAAGUCCACCCUUGUGAGGGUGGUGAGCACAGCAGGAAGUGGCUGUUGCUUCAAAGCAAAGAGGAGCCAACUAUUGGAAAAACUAGUCCUGAGAAACCACGAUCCUACAGUGAGCAAGCAUGCUCUUUUCUUUGAAAAGGAGAAAAUCAGUCAAUCUGACAUAGGGUGCUUAAAUGGAUUGGUUUUGUACAAGGACAGUUUAGAAACUGAACAAGAUUUCCUGGAAAUACAACAUCAUCUGUGGCUUUAG